CUCACAUGUCGGUCACGAUUUUCAGGCUUUGGGGUCGUACAUACGCCAAUAUUCUCAGACUGUGGUUGCAAUUGCGGUUUUGAUGCUCGGCUCUGGUGGUGGGACCUAAGUUGUCGGCCACGCCACAAUCAAGGGGCCGCCGGGCCGCCACGCACCGCCUCCUCUGUACCUUCCUCUCAUGCUCCACGACGUUCGCCGCAGCCUCAAGCGCGAUCAUGACAACAAAACGGAUGCGCUGAUGUAGUCACUUAAUACUUCGAUCAUAAUCGACUUUCUGACUCGGAGUACCAGGCGACUGCUGCCUGCAAUCGCCGCAAUGCGCUCGGUUUUCACCCCGUCCCGCCUCGUUGUGAUGCUCUUCACCUUCUCUUUAAUCAGCUUCCUCUGGACUUAUGGCCUCCCACGUCAGCUUGCUGAGCCUUCGUUACCCAUAAUAGAGCACCCUGCCGACGAAGCAAAGCUUCACGACCCGAUUGCGCCCGCGCCCGUCAUUCGCACCUCUCACGCGACCCCCGCCAUUUCUACUGCCACACCGACGUUGCGAGGAGAGCGGCCGAAGGAAGAUGGCGAUCACAGAUGGGACGACAAGACGAAGAGACCAGAUCGUGUGGAAGAGCAGACGCCACUGCAUGGGCCAAAGGAGACAGGUCCUGCUGGGCAUGACGGAGGCAGGUGGAGUGACAAGGAGAAGGCAGAGAAGAGUGGAAAGUCUGCGACUCAGAUGACAGUUAGUGCAACUCCAGAACUUGUCACAGAGACGAAAUCAAGCCUCAAUACAACCACUGCGACUGCUUCGCCCACCUCGUUCACACCGUACGAGCAUACAGCUGCUCCAGUCAAGGGAUUCUGCAAGGAUGUUCGUCAUGCCCAAGACGUCAUGGUAGUCGUCAAGACCUCGAAAGCCGAGAUCUUCGACAAGCUUUCGGGGCACCUCUCUGGCCUCCUCUCCUGCGUUCCCAACUUCGCCAUCUUCAGCGACCACGCAGGCACGAUCGACGGCAUACCAGUAUACGACGCAUUGCGUGACAUCAGCUCAGAGACGCUUGAUCUUCACGACGAAUUCCGCGAGUACAGGAUCAUUAAGGCAGACCCCGAGUACAAGCCAGAUCCAAAAAAGACAAAGGAACUAGACAAGUGGAAGAUGCUGACUAUGGUAUACGAAGCAUACCAGAUGAACCCGCACGCCAAGUUUUAUGCUUUCAUAGAGGCAGAUACAGGACUGAGCUGGACAAAUCUCUUGCAGUGGGUGGACAGGCUGGACUACAGGAUUGCAUACUACAGCGGCGCGCAGUCGUUCAUCAACCACGUCCAAUUUGCACAACGCGGUCCUGGUAUCUUGCUCUCGCAAGGUGCGCUGCGACAAUAUGCUAGGUCAUACAAGGAACGAUGGGCAAACCAAUGGGAGAAGCGAAUCAGCAAGGAAUGCUGUGGCGACUACAUCCUUGCAACUGCCCUUAAUGACGCGCAUGUCGAGCUGUAUACGUCGUGGCCUCUCAUGCAGGGCGAGCAACCGAACACCCUCGACUACACACGGAAGCAUUGGUGCGCACCAGCCGUGACAUGGCACAAUAUGGAUCACGAGGCGCUGAACAAGAGCUGGGACCUGCAAAAACAGUGGACAGACAAGAAUGGCUGGGAGAAGCCGUACCUUCACAGAGAUGCAUUCGAAGAGUACGUGCAGCCACACCUGAAAACGCAAGUAGAGGACUGGGACAAUCUGGGAUCGGACACGAAGAUCGUCGCACCAGAGGGCCGGCAGAAGCAGCUCAAACUCAACGGCGAGAAACUCAACGGCGAGAAAGGUGAUGAUGCGCGCACCGCAAAAGAAAAGCUGGAGAAAGCCGCUGCUUCGCCGCCGCAUCGACGAGGUGAGAAGAAAGACGAAAAGAAAGGUGACAAGAAAGACGAGAAGAAGGAAGAAGAAACCAAAGAGAUGGUCGACUGGAACGUCAUCGGCACCAUGGUCAAAGACGGCGCCGACAACGCCGAGUCAUGCAAGAAGGUCUGCAUCGAAGUUGAAGAUUGUCUGCAGUGGCGAUACACUACGCACGGUGAUGGCGAGUGCCAUAUGAGCAAGGUAAUCAGAGCAGGCAAGCCCGUUGAGAAGAAAGAAGGCGCGCAGCAAUGGACCAGUGGGUGGAUGACGGACAGAAUCAAGGAGACAACCAAGAAGUGGGUCUGCAAAGAAGUGAGCUGGAAAUUCUAUCAAUAGAUCUAGGGGUUUUGUUUGGCGUUAUAAAGCAUCUUACAGGGAUCUCACAGCACAGCGUGUUGGUUGUACAUAAUUGCAUUGUAUA